GUUUGAUCAAGUUCUUUGGGAAUAUGGGACACACCCAGCCCCGCAGGAUGGUUGAGGAGUAUGGCUCUGUCAUGGUGAUGAUCCUCCGACUUGCAGCUGGAACACUGGACCUUGGAGACCCCACAUUUCAGCUGGUGGCCAUGGAGACAGUGGUGCACAUUGGCAGUUCUCCAGAAGGGAUACUUGCUCUGGCAAAGUUCAAGACUGAAAUGGAAGAGGUACUAGAUGUCAUUGGGACCAAGAUGCGAACAGCUCCUACAGAACAGCGAGUUAGGAUCCUAGAAGCACUGGCGCAGCUCUUUACUGUGGAGCAGGAGGAUCAGUCAGAAGAAGUGGUGGGUACGUUGGAGCUCUGGUGGCCAGGUGUGGCAGGAGUCAACUUGGAGAAACUAAUGGCAGUGGCACGGCAGCCAUUUGCCGACCUACACUGUGCAGCUCUUAAGGUUCUCAAGGCUUUGGCUUACCUGGACUGGGGGCAGAAACUCAUCCGUUCAGAACCAGGACUUGUGGAGUACAUCUUGAACCGAGCAACAGAAAAUGAGAGCACAGGCAAGGUAAUGAAGUGGGACAUAGUGAAGACCCUUGUUCUCUCCGGCACAGCCCCUUCCAUCUUUGAUGAGUUCCAGAUGGAGCAACUGAAUAAGUAUUACCACCAGGGAGUGUUCUAUGUGGAGACACAAGUGGAGGUGGCCAUGGAAGGGGAGAACUGAUGUGUCUUAAGGGUAUGCUAUGGUGCCAGAGAAGGGGACACUUACAAAAUUGUGAUCAGAGUUCCUUGUGUAUGCAUUAGAGGGAUUCUACAUAUGACAGCACAUUGGGUUUUCUCACCAUUUUUUAUGUGUUCAUUCUUCCCCCUUCUUUGUGUCUCAUUAUACAUCUGGCUUCAUUUUAUAAAUAUAUAUUUUGGUCAUUUAUGUAAAUAUAAAAUCAAAGUUGUUUUCUCCAAAUGAUGAGAGUGAUUUACCAAACCUACAUGUAACAAAGACUAGACAUGUUCCUUCUUCUUCUUUAUUUUCUUCUCAUCUUCAUAUCAGUUGAAAUAAGAAAUGAUUUGGCUCAUUCAGGAUUUUCAUUCCUAGUGGGUGAUUGCUUUUAUUUUUUCUUUGUUUCUCUCUCUCACUUCUCUUUAUAUGUAAAGUGUUCAUGAACCAGCAAGUCAUCAAGUGAUUUUUUAUGACUGAUGAUUUUUCUUCUAAGCGAUUGAGAAGAACAUAAAACCAAGUUUAAAAAAUAAAGAUAAGGAAGCGUGGCCUUUUUUGUAAUUAAUUAAUAAUCCCAUCUGAAAGAAUUUUAUACAUAAGGAUUGGUAGGUAAGAAUUAGUAUUGUUUGUAAAUAGUUCAUGAUAGAUUAUAAUACCAAAGGCGUAUUAAACUUGCAACUAUAUUUUUACCAAAUUAGUGAUGAAAAUGUACCAGCAGGAAGAGAAAACAUUUAGCUAGCUAAGUGAACCCAGACUUUGUUUAAAGAUAAUGCAAUCUAAAAAGAUGGACAUGAAGAAACAGGUGAAAUUGUUGUGGAAUAUAAUACCAAAGGAGUGUUGUCUUCUAGCUGUAAUUUCUAACUAAAAUUAUCAGUAAUUUGUUUUUAUUAAGUGGAAAGGAGACUUCCAGAAUCUCAGGAUCUACUUCUGUAAACCAUAUUGUUCACUCACUAUGUGAUGAGAGUAACAAUAAAACAGUCAAGUUGAAAUAAGUUUUUUUGUUGUAGAUUAUAAUAGGUUGAUCUAACCAGUGAAAAAUUUGUAAAUUCUCAAGAAGACAAGCAGUUUUGUUAUUGAUAAACAGUAGAAUGUUUAUGGAUAUGUUUACGAAUUCAGCUUCUGUAAUAUCGUCUGGUGAAGAGCAAACUUCAAUUGCUCAUCUAUACAUAUUUGUAUAGGUAACUAAUUUCAUGGUGAAGCACAUUUAGUGAAAGGAUUCUGUGAUAAGAAUAAUGUAGUCAUCUGAUUUUUAUAAUAAAAGUUUGAGGCUGUA